ACCAGAACAUAUACGUCCGAGGUUGUUUUUGGAAAAAAUGGCCGAGGAGCUCCGAAUGCAUAAAAUCGGGAUAAAAAUCCGAGGUUGUCCGAAAAUGUUUACCAACGCAACGAUUUAAUUUUCGCAUGAUUUCAAUCUUUGAAUCACAAAAAUAUGCCACCUCAUAGGAGAAGGCGCCAUGGUGGGCCAGCAGAGGACCUCACGGAUGCUGACAUCAGCUUUCCCCUAGCUCGUCUGUUUGACAGGUUCAACCUUGACCACAUACCGGAGCGCAAACGGAUGGAGGAGUUUGAACACAGAGAUUUAGCACACAUAAAGCAUUACAAGGCAGCAGUCAAAAUUUUUGGUGGUCCCUUGAGCCGUAAAAGAGUAAUGGUUGCACCACCUAUGGAAACACCUAUGAAGCAUAGACUUGGUUUAUAUGCAGACAAAAAGCCAAGUCCACCUUCACUUCAGCUUAAUAAUGAAUUAAAACCACAAAUACCAUUUGAGAGACCAGAACCUGAUGAAAUUGUGGCUGCAAGACAGUACAGAGAACGUGAGGACAACUAUAAAUCUUGGUUUAAAGACAGACAAAAAUUCAGAGGUGAUUUGGAAAAUAUGGGUUUAAAUACUGAGUGGUUAUCAAAGAAACCAAAUAAAACUGCUCUUGAGAAGAGAGUUUUUAGACAGCUUCAGGAUGAUGAAAAUAAAAAAGUAAUUGAGCACGCACCACAUGAAAUUACUGAGGAGAUUUCAAAGGAAACCUCAUAUGACUCUGACACAAGCAGUAUUCCAAAUUUAAAAAUGCCUGCACCUCUAGGGCUUAAAAUCUUAGACCAACAUUUAAAAGAGCAGAAAUUGCGCCUCAUCGAUCUGUUUACUUCGACAGAUAAAAACAAAGAUUGGAAAAUUUCAAGGGAAGAAUUUAUAAAAAUCUGUAAUGAGAAGAAGAUCCCGAUCUCAACAGGCCUCCUGGAAGACAUGCUGAUCUCACUCGACAUGAACUUGGAUGAGGAGCUUGAUUACAAGGAGAUGGCACGUGGGAUGGAGCUGGCACGCCGGGAGAAACGUGAGGACAGAAGAAAAGAGCUUUCAAGGGAGGCAACAAGCAUCAGCCAGAAAUCGGGGUCUGGAUCCAGUGAGCAGGGUCAGGGUGACAAGCCUCCAACCCCCAGGUCAUCUGGCAGCCGAUCAAACAAGACCACUAAAAUCAGUGACCCUAACACCCCAAACUCAUCCAACCACUCCAGGAGACAGAAGCUCGACAAACAGGAAACAUUUGGGUCCCCAAAGAACCAGUCCAUUACCUCCUCUAAGAGUAAGGGCACUGUUAAGUCUGGCUAUGGGCAUGAUGGGUCAAGGUCACUGGCAGGGUCACCUUCCCUGCUCGAGCCCCCGGCUAAAGACACCAGGCAGGAGAGGCUGGUAUUGAACACUGAGGAGGAGAUGGUGGACCUUAGGAAGAGGGACAGAGAAGGGCUAAAGGGAUACAAUGCAAAGCUGGAGGGAACACCUGCGACAAUCCUGACUGGGAACAGGGCCAUAGAUGACCACUCCAUGAACUCCACCCUGGUUGGUGAUGUGGGUGUCAUGGUGGAUAAAUUCAGGCAGAAACGACUCCAGGAGUUCUUCUCCAUUCAACGUCUUUGUGAGGAACAUGAUAUCAAUCUGUCAGAGAAACUGCUUGAGAGGGUUCUACUGUAUCCACCCGACAAGCCACACUCGGGUCUUCGGAAGGUUCGUCACCCAGACUCUGCUCCUCUUGUGUCCUCACACUUUGCUGAUAAGGCAAAACGACCACGCACCCCAAUAGAGGUUAAACACAAGGACAAGGUCAGGAGGUCAAAGAGCGGGAAGCUGAUGAUUGACAGUCGCCACAAGUAUCCAGACAGCAAGCGUGUUUAUGCUGAAGGAUAUAAGCAGAACCUCUCCACUGGACGUGCUGUGAUCAGGCGCAGGGUUGACUGCUGGAUGACAUUUGAAGCAUAUGAAAGACUGACCAGGCACCUUGCAGUGCGGUACCAACAUCUGCAUGGCAUGUCAGGGGAUAAUGCAUUCUGGCCUGGUCACCUGUUGGACAAGAUGCGUCUGUGCAUGCCCCCGUAUGACAAGCCUCACGGACGGGACACUGAGGCCGCAUUGUUCUCCCGCAAACAUCGCACACCAGCUGUCAACUAUGGCUACGAACCUGUGGAUGUGUGGCCAACAAAUAGUGACAAUUAUACACAGAUUGGCAUCCAUGACCACUUCAGGAACAAGACCAUUAUUUAGAUUUUGUUUCACUUUGUUAUGUUUAUGUCCCUGUUAAUUUGUGCUCUUGUUGGUUUUGUUUAGUUUUAUGCAAAUUAAAGCAUCCUGUGAUAUUUUUUUACUGACAUUAAGCCAUCUGAAAAAUACAUAAUUUAAAACACAAGAAUCAUGCAUUAACCAUGAAUUUUUUACUUGUAUUGAAAUGGAAAGAAACAAAAAAUUGCAAUAAAUUACAUUGUGAAAUAAAAUAUUAAAU